GUAAGGAAAAUAUCAAAAACGUGAAUAGGAAAUGCUGGACGUAGACGGUUCCUCCAUGGCUGACUUGCUGGCACGAGACCUGACGACAGGCGGAGAGCUUGCAGAGAGAAGACAAGUGAGAGGCUGGCUGCGAGAAGGAGGCUGGUGGGAGGACGGGUGGCUACGUGGAGCCUGCAGUCAGUGGGAGGUAGUGAAGUGGCGCGGACCCUCACACCGACAGGCGACUGGAGACACGGGUACUGUUGGAGGAACAGCAAACAGACCUCCUGGCUUUCACUGAGACUUGCAGGGAGUUUGUGCUGCACCUGCAACUGGAGAAUCAGAAUGGUAACAAGCUGUCGGGUCGUGGUAGCGCUGCUGGUGUUGAUGUCGGCUGCGGGACUGGAUGGCGUGCACGCUGCGAAUGCCGCUCGCUCCGACCUGCUGCAACGCCCUGUUGACGCGCUGUUGCUGGAGCAGCAUAACGUCUUCAGGCAGGAAGAACAGGCCGCCAACAUCUACAAGAUGCGCUGGAACUCUUCAGUGGAGGCGGCUGCCAGCAGGUGGGUGUCCCGCUGUGAUUUCAAACACGAGCUGGGAGGAGAGUACGGCGAGAACCUCUUCUACGACACCAACAAGGGCGAGGACAAGGAAGUCCUCUUGGGCGGGCUGGAGGCGUGGCACGAGGAAAAGAGGGCGUGGCGAUAUACUAGCGCCUCCUGUGGCGCCGCCUGCCAUUACACACAGAUGGUGUGGUCCAGCACGACCGAGCUGGGGUGCGCAUUCAAGAGAUGUCCGGGGCUCCGGGUGGGCUCUCGGAAUGUUGCGAACGCUAUGUACCUCGUCUGCUUCUACUACCCAAGGGGCAACUGGAUUGGAGAAUUCCCCUUCAAAAACGGAGCGCCCUGCUCCAAGUGUGGUUCUGACACGUGUCAGACAGGACUGUGUGUUCCUGGUUCCAGCAGCUACCAGACGGAGAAGGCACAAUCCGACAUGUCAGAGUCCGCAGCCCUGCUGCACGCGCCACAGCAGCUGGUGUGGAGGACGUCGUAUGAACAGCACAGCGCCUCCGCCCAGAGCGACACCGGAAGUCACUCCUACUCCUACAGCCGCACCGUGCAGCGGGGCCCAGACGGCGCAGGCUACGCUCAUGCCGAGGGCCACUACAGCUCCCCGCAAGGCAGUCAGGGCUUCAGUCAGGCUCACUACUCAAGAGGGGGGCUCAAGAACCUGGCCACGCACCUGGAGCGACGUGACAAGUCUCCCCUGGAGGUGCUCAGGGAGGAAGACCACUGGUGCCGCGAUCGUCUCCCCUCCUGCCGCACGUGGACGCAUGACUGCCAAAAGAGCAAGUCUGUGUACCUGGCCUGUCCACGAAGCUGCGGCCAAUGUAACAGCCAGUCCGAGCAGUCACGUGACCUGACGCCAGGGCAGUUACAAGAAACGGUGUUGCCCCCUGAGCCUCUCCGACAGUCAUUACAUCCACAACUUGACUCUGGCGGGCAGCUGGUGGUGAUCGAGCAGAAGCAGCAGCAGCAACAACAACAACAACAAAGCCACCUCCGGCAUUACCCGCAGCAGCAACAGCAACAGAAUAGGCCGCGACUUCGACAGCAGCAGCCAGCGGAGGACCGCCAAUUGUUGCCAGCACCCGCUGAAGGCCUCCACCUUGCACAGCAACGACAUCCCGGCCGCGAUGGCGACUCAAGUCAGCACAAGAAAAAGGAGCGACGACAACAGGACAGCGAGCGGAAGGCGCAGCGAAGGGAACAGCAGCAUAAGAAGCGACAGCAGAAACAGCAGCAACGACAACAGAAACAGCAGCAACGACAACAACAGAAACAGCAGCAAAGGCAGCAAAAUCAACAACAGCGACAGCAACAGCAUAGAACACAACAACAGCUGCAGCAACAGCAGCAACAACAACAACAACAACAACAACAGCAGCAGCAGGAUCAAAGGUCACGAAAUGGAAGACACGGUCAGCUGCAUCCCCGCUACAGGACAGUGGACAAGCGAGCUGAACAACUGGCCGAGAAUCUAAGACGUGGCGCUUAUGAUGGCCGCUGUGAGGACGACAUCAAGUACAAGGACAGCUGUUCUUACUGGGUUUCUAUGGGCUUUUGCCAUGGAAACGAGCUGGUCACCACCGUGUACUGUCGGAAAUCGUGUGGCACGUGUUAACUGCCUAUUAACUUUGGCAACUGCAUGCGCCAUCUUCAUCCAACAUGGCUGACGCUGUCUUCGGAAACCUCUUUGCCUUUGCGCCGGGAACUUGUCCUUUAGAAAUGAUAAAAAUGGCUGAGAACAUACAAGAGCUAACGAAACUAAGAAUGGGAGGGAAAAGAUGUUUGGCUGCUUCACAAGAAGAUGCCGUGUCUCAACCAGCCUUAGCUUGGCCUCCUGUCCACCUUAGCCACCCCCAAGUCACACCCUUCCUAUAGGUACGUCUCUAACCUGUGUACGUGUGUUACCUGCAGCUCACUCAUUAACGAAGAAAGAGAAUGACUUUAGAUAACAUGAGGAUGAAAGAGGGGGAGGAACUUAACAUCGUCGUGGACAGUUAGUCUGGCAGUCGACAAGAAGAGAAUGUGGAGGUUCAAAGGCGGGAGAAGUAAACAGACGACUGAACACUUGUGUCUGCGGGUGUGUCGUGCUUUGAUAUUCGUCGGAGGCAAAUAGUAAGUUCACAAGAAGCAGACGGGUACCGGUGAAUUUUACCUUCUGUCACGUAUUGUAAUCUCUAAUUUCUACAUAACUUAUCAUGCAUCACUAGCUCUGUCAUUCUGUAGCUGUCAAUGUUAGGCAUUACUUUCUCUGGCUUUGUAUCUCUGUGCCUCAGUCUGUCUGUUUCUUUACUAUCUGUUUAAUUUAACCUGUGUCAAUAUUCUGCAUCCGGUAGCAAAUAAAUCCAGAAGCAAACCACAGCUUUGUAUUCAUUAUGACAUGAUGACACAAACCUGGUACUAGAUAUUUACCUACUAAUACAUAUUCAGUCUUGCUGAAUACAGUAUAAGCCAUACUUUCUUUUUUUAGAACAGAUGACAACCCGCCCCAACAUAAAAAUUUUUCAAAGUCAGAAAAAUAUAGUUUGUCGCCAUUUUUCAAGAUUUGAAAUCUCUUUGUUAAAUUUUGAUUAUAUUUGUACAUGAAACUGAGUGUGAUAUAGUUUAUGAGUGCUCAUUAUAGUGUUUCCUGUUAUUUGUUAUUUUUAUUCCUAUUUGUUAAAUUUUAAGUAGGAGUGUUUGUCUGUGUUUGUGUGUGUAUGUGUGUGUAUAUAUAUAUGUAAUUUGUCUAUCCUUGUUUUAUGCAAAUUUUAGCAAUAUAAUAUUUAGUAUAAUAGUACUCUAGCAACAAUAUGGUUUGCAUAAUUUUUAGUUGAAUGUACCUUUGAGAGUGAUUUUUGUAGAAGCUGUUUUAACAAAAAAUUAAAACAGCUUUUGUAGUGUAAGAAUAAUUGCUAUGCAAACGGCAUUAUGCUCGUUUUACAUGCAUAAUAUACUUUUUAAAACAUAAUAACCAAUGUACAUAAAUGACAAAAUAAUAAAUUUUUA